AUGGCACUCAUUGGGUCAAUCGAACCAUUCAAUUCGAAAGAAUCGGAUAUCACAACAUACUUAGAGCGUAUCGAACAAUUAUUUGUCUGUAAUGAUAUAAACGAAGCAAAAAAAGUGUCAGUUUUCCUAACCUUAAUCGGAGGAGAUGCGUAUGGAGUAUUAAAAGAUUUAUUAGCACCGUCAUUACCUACCAAGCAGGAGACAGAGGAGGAUGUGAAAGCAUAUGCCGUCAGAUUGAAGAACUUAGCUAAGUAUUGCGAGUUCGCUACUUUUCUCGAAGAAGCACUUCGCGAUAAAUUUGUAUGUGGAAUACGUUCAGAGGGAGUCAAACGAAAAUUGUUAACGGAAGAUAACCUUACUUUUAAUAGGGCGUAUGAAUUGGCAGUGGGCAUAGAAUUAGCGGAAAGUCAAGUCAGUCAAAAGGUGCAUCCAGUCAAGGUAGUAGAGUCAAGGGCCAAAAUCAAGGGCAAAAAACAGCGGGCAACUAAGCCAAGUCAUAGUCAACUAGCGAGUCGAGUCAAAUGCAAACGAUGUCUUCGCGUGCACUUCGAGGGCAACAAGUGUCCAGCUAUCAACUGGACCUGUUAUUCUUGCCAGCAGACGGGUCAUACUGCAAAGUCACCAUUAUGCAAAAAUAGAGUUCACAGUCUGCAAUCGGAGGAAUCUGAAAUCGGUGUUAGCAGCGCAGUCGAAGAUGAAGAAUCAUUGGAAUUGGGCUUAAUACAGGAGUCUACGGAGGGUGAACUGUAUCAUGUACAUUCCGUUACAAAGUCGAGAGAAAACGAAAGUCUGAAAGUCGCGUUACAUAUCGAAAAUAAGUUAAUGACUAUGGAAGUUGAUUCGGGUGCAUGCAAGUCGGUCAUUCACGUCAACGAUUAUAACAAAUGGUUGUCGCAUUUAGCCUUAAGAUCUGUAAGUUUUAAGUUAAGAGUCGUAACAGGCGAAAAGGUAGAAAUUGUCGGUCAAGUCUUAGUCAGAGUCAGGUAUACGACCGAAACAUUUAAGCUACCAUUGAUUGUGUUGAAUGGAAAAACUAAAUUUAUUCCUUUAUUAGGUCGCAAUUGGUUGAAUGUAUUAAAUCCAAAGUGGAGAGAAGUAAUUAACAUGCCUUUAAUUAUUAAGUCAGUCAGUCAAUGUAAGGUUGAAUCAAGUCAAGUUGAUCAUUUUGGGGAAGCUGCGAAUAGUCGAAAGCGGUUGGUAUUAUCUAUCAGGUCACAGUUUGGAGCGGUUUUUAAGGAGGAAUCAAACACCAGCAUCAAAAAUUUCAAGGUCGAUGUAAAGCUAAAAAAAAAGGCAAAUCCAAUAUUCCACCGUGCGUACCAAAUGCCAUUUGCGCUCAAGCCUAAAGUCGAAGAAGAACUAUCCAGGAUGGUGGAAGAAGGAAUAUUAAGUAAGGUAACUCACAGUCGAUGGGCAAGCCCCAUUGUUGUCAUACCCAAGAAGAAUGGGAAAGACGUUAGGAUUUGUGUCGAUUUUAAAAAAACGUUGAACACUGUCAUUGAUACCGAACAUUGUGUACUACCCCUACCGGAAGAUAUUUACGCUAACCUUAGUGGAAGUCGAUGUUUCACAGUCAUCGAUCUUAAAGGAGCAUAUCAGCAACUCGCAAUAGGGGACAGUUCUAAAGAGUUGUUUACUAUCAAUACUCAUUUGGGGCUGUUCAAAUAUAAUCGAUUAACGUUUGGUGUAAGGUCGGCCCCGGGAAUAUUUCAGUCAAUUAUGGAAAGCAUUCUUGCUGGCUUGAAGAAUACUCAAUGUUAUCUAGAUGAUAUCCUGGUUCAUGGAGCUACAGUGGAACAAUGUUAUCGCCGAGUUGAGUUCUUAGGACACAUAGUGGAUGCCAAUGGAAUUCAUCCGACCGGGGAAAAAAUAGAAUGUAUCCAGAAGGCACCGGCACCAACUAAUGUGACUCAGUUAAAGUCGUACUUGGGAUUGUUAAGUUAUUACAGGAAAUUCAUCCCUAUGUUGUCGGCGAAGCUUAAACCAUUAUAUGAGUUAUGUAAUACAGGAAGUGAAUUCCGUUGGAAUGACGAGUGUGAGAAAACAUUUCAAUCAAGUAAAAAGCUGCUCACAUCGGACGAGGUGCUUACGCACUUUGAUCCAACGCUACCAAUCGUGGUCACGUGCGACUCGAGUGGUUACGGAGUAAGCGCCGUACUAAGUCAUAUAAUCGAGGGAAAAGACAAGGCUGUUUUGUUUGCCUCAAGCACGUUGUCGCCAGCAAAACAAAAAUAUUCCAAUUUGGAAAGGGAAAGCCUUGCGCUGAUAUUUAGUCUAAAGAAGUUCCACAAAUACAUCUACGGCCGAAGAUUUAUUUUGUUAACAGAUCACCAACCACUUCAGUUUAUUUUUGGGAAAAACAAAGGAAUUCCGGUAACAGCAGCGGCACGCAUCACGCGAUGGGCUUUAACAUUGUCAGCGUAUGAUUAUGAAAUUCGGUAUAAAAAGGGCAAGCUUAUUGCUAAUGCAGAUGGACUAUCACGUUUACCGAUGUCGGCAAGUACGGAAAUCCCAGGCUACUUGAAUUCGUUUAGCUUGUUGAAUACAGUACCACUACAUGCAGGAGAUGUGGCAAGAGCCACCCAAAAGGAUAGAGUGUUAACUAAGGUUAUCGAAUUCACACUAUCGGGAUGGGCAAGAGACGUGGAAGAUGAGGCGUUAAAACCAUAUUUUACCAAGAGGCAUGAACUGUCAGUCGAGAAUAAUUGUUUAUUACUGGGAAACAAGGUGAUCAUUCCUGAGUCGUUGAGAACAGAAGUACUAAAUCUUUUCCAUGAGCAACAUGUGGGUAUCGUCCGCUCGAAGAUGCUUUUAAGGGCCUAUUGUUGGUGGCCAGGUAUAAAUGACGACGUCGAAAAAUUCAUAUCAUCGUGUGAAGUUUGUCAACAAACACAAAACUUUUCGAACAGUAGCACCUUGCUUUCGUGGCCUACAGCGCCAAAUGUCUUCUAUAGAGUCAAUAUUGACUUUUUUCAUAAAUACAAUCACACAUUCUUAAUGGUGAGCGACAGUAAGUCAAAGUGGAUUGAGGUUAAGCUAAUGGACCAUGGAUCAACAGCAAGCGAAACCAUUUUAAAAUUAAAAGAAGUGUUUGCAGUGUAUGGUUUACCAGUGGAAUUGGUCUCAGAUAAUGGUCCGCCAUUCAAUUCAUCGGAGUUCAGCGCAUUUUGUCAGGCAAACGGAAUUAAACCAGUCAAGUCUCCACCGUAUCACCCCCAGAGUAAUGGUAGCGCAGAGAGGAGCAUUCAAACAGUUAAAAAAGGAUUGGAAAGAGCAUUGUUUACGGAAAAAGGGAGAGAUAUCGGCAAAAACGUAUUAUUGACUCGUUUGAUAAACUUCCUUUUUACGUAUCGAAACAUUCCAUCAACGGUAACGGGGAAAUCUCCCGCGGAAAAUAUUUUUAAAAUGAGACCCGGAACUCGAUUUGACUUGAUUAAACCCUUUUCUAAAGAAAUAACUAUGGGCCACAAGGGGGACGCAAAAGAGAUUCGAUUGUAUACGUUAAAUGAACCGGUAUAUGUAAAAAAUAUUCCGUUGAAGAUGUGGGAAAAAGGUAAAAUUAUAAAAGUGCUAAGUCACUCUACUUAUCUCGUUCAAAUAGCGGAUAAAAUUAGAUUUGUACAUGCCAAUGAUAUUCGCGUGAAUCCAUAUAUGGCCGGCGGAGCCGAUGGCGAAACACAACCUAGUAUUACGGAGCAACCUAUGGCUGUGGAUUAUAAUAAGGGAAAUGUUUCGGCGAAGGAUGAACAGGGGGAGGAGGAAGUUCCGGCCUGUAAGAAAGAAAUCGUGGAAGAGCAGGCUAGUUCGCAAAGAUCGAUCAGUAAGAGCAAUAAUUAUCCUAGUCUGGAAAGUAGUACUUCCAAAACUUACUCCACUCGCUCGGGCAGAAUUGUAAAACCGCCGGCAAGAUUAACUUUAUAA